AUGGUAGACUUACACUCGCUGCCUAAAGCCUCCCGGCCGCAGAACGCUGUACGCAAUAAUGGACCUGACGAUCUUACGUUCGAACGCUACAAAUUGAGAGAACUGGCCGAAGGUUGGCCGUCCUAUCGUGACGCCUGUGAGUGGGAGAAUCUGAAGUCAAUCUUCCACCCUGAUGCUUAUAUCUACACAACAUGGACGGGGCGAACCCACCAUCUGGACUUCAUUGCCGCUUCACAAAAAGGAAUGGACAAUGGGGCAUUUAUCAUGCAUAGAUGCCAUGGAAUCAGCACCGACAUAAAUCCAGAGGCCACUCGAGCAGUAACUAAGAUGAAAGCGACGAUCACCCAGCGCUUCGAUCUUGAUGGGGCUGAAGCCGAUGCCGAAAGUGAUUGUCGCUUUUGUUUCUUCUGGAUCAAAGAAAAUGGUGAAUGGCGUGCCAGAUAUGUCAGGCAUUGGUACGAAAAGGAUAAAUUGAUCCCUGUGAAUCCUGCAAAAGUGCCGCAAUUAGAUGAACAACUACUGAAGACUUUCCCUACCGGUUACCGCUAUCUGGCUUACUGCCAGGAGAAGACGAUGGGGGUGAAAGUUCUGCUUGAUAUGCCGGGUCACAGGCGAGAGAAAGGUGUAGCAGGGGGCAGCAAGGCUUGUGGAGAAAAGCACGACCUGCUGUACUGGCAGUGCAAGGACUGGGUUGAGGGUAGGCCGGUUGAGAUAUAG